UUUAUUGUUUAUGUUUAAAUAUUCGAUGCCCAUAAUUUUAAAGUAAGCAAUUUUUUUAUUAAUAAAGUAAAAACGUAUAUUGAGCCAUUAUGGGUCCACCACCUGUAGUUACUGGUAUUUCUCCAAAGGAAGGACCUCCUGGAACUAGAGUAACUAUAAGAGGGGAGUUUUUGGGUACCAGUGCUACGGACUUAAUCGGGUUGAAAAUCUGUGGGUGUGAAUGCCUACUGUCUGCAGAAUGGAAAAGUAAGAAUAAAAUUGUUGCGAGAUCUGGUCCCUGUAAGGGCCGUGGUGAUAUCAUUGUUACCACAAGAUCUGGUGGUGAAGGAACAUCAACUGUUCAGUUUAGAGGGUAUCACGAGUCUAUAGGACCUGUGAAGGAAAGUGCAGUAUGGGUAGAGGAAGCCGCUCCUCCUUCAUUACCUUGGGGUCGACGUCCAAUGUCUCCCACUGCCUAUACCCCUCCUGAUCCACUUGGCUUGUCAACUGAGGGGGAUGACUGCAAGUUCCCUGAAGAUGAACUAAAUGAACUAUUUCCAGAUGGUUCUGGAAAACUGUGUGAUGAAAAUUUCCAACCAGGCUGGUAUCUCUUGGAGCAUCAUAGUAAUACAUCAUUUGAAGAUUUAAAAGCUGGAAUGGUUUUCCUACAGAGAAAGGUGGAAGGUCAAAAAGAAGGGCAGUUGAGUUUCCUUAAAGCAAAUACAGGUGCAGUCAUGGAUCAAUUAGAUAGACUGGUUUUGUUGAAAAAUAUGUAUGAAGAUGAUCAGAGAAAGAAUGGCAAGGAGCCCCUGCCUAGCUUGCAAGCCGCUAUUGAAGAGUCAAUAUCCCUCGCCGAUUCAUUGUUUUCUGAGAUUCUGUCACGAAAAGAGAAUGCAGAUAAAACUCGAGAAGCACUGUCACUUCUCACGCGUCACAAGUUUCUCUUCCAACUACCUGCGUCGAUUGAUAAGAAUAUAAAGAAGAAGGAAUAUGAUUUGGUGGUCAAUGAUUACACGAGAGUGAAAAAUUUGUUUGGAAAUACUGAUGUUAAGCUAUUUCAAAAAAUACUCGGUGAAAUCGAUAAGAAGAUAGAAGAUUUAAAACAGAAUUUAUACACUAGAAUGAAAACUAUGCCUAUUAAUGUUCAAGAGCAGACCAAGUAUAUAAGGCUACUAAUUAGUUUGAAUUGGGAGGGUGACGCUGCUUGGACAGCAAUAAUUACACGGAAGGAAUACCUCAUGAAUUUAAUGAAUAAAGUGCGGGAUCACUUUAAACAAAAAGAGGAACAGGAGUCAGGGGAGAAAGGUAGACGAAAGGCGAAGGAGUCGAAGGAGGCGGAGAGCGAGGGCUCGUGGAGCGCGGGGCGCGGCGCGUGGUGCGCGGCGGCGAGCGGCGCGCUGGCGGCCGAGCUGCACGCGCUGUGGCCGCUCGCGCGCCGCUACUUCGCCGGCGAGCUGGCCGGCGCGCCUUCCGAGCCGCAGCGCCACGCCGACCUCAAGGAGAUGAUAACGGCGGCGGUGCAGCAGUUCUCGGAGCACACGCGCGCGUGCCUGCUGGCGGGCGGCGCGGCGCCGCCCUCGGACGCGCUCCGGGCGCGCCUGCUCGCCAACCUGCGCAGCUUGCGCGAGGCCUACGAGUCGCUGAUCAAGCUUGAUUUGCCGUCGCAGCCUCUGAGCGUAGUCGAGAAAGUGAUAUUUGACUAUCGUGUCCAUGGCAUGACGGUGUUUCUGCAGCGCGCUCACAAGCGGGUGAAGGGUCUGGUGGACAAGGAGACUUGGAAGAUUCAAGAGUUCUCAGAUUAUGGAGCUGUCACUGAUCUGCCACAAUUACUGGAAACGCAUUUAACUGAUGCCCUCUCAUCGAUCCACAAAUGCGUGUACGCGACGGGCCGGCGGGAAACACCACUGUUUGCUGAAGGGAGCGAACCUCUGAACAUUCUACAGAAACAUACCCAGCAGAUCUUGCUUGCUUUCGUCAGCGUUCUACAAGAACUUGCCCUGCAGCAUGAUGACCAGGACUUCAACACGACGAGCCUGUCGGUGGCGCUGGACCAGCCGCUGGGCGAGCGCGAGGCGGGCGCGCGCUGGCAGCAGCGCCUGCUCAUCGCGGCCGCCAACGCGCAGUGCACGCGCCGCCGCACGCUGCCGCGCCUCGCCGCCGCCUUCGAGAGUUUCGAAUUCCCUAAACCCGUACUCGCUCUACAAACAACGAAAGACGCUCUUAGUAAUUUGGAGUCUAGUAUCGCUGAAACGUACUUGGAGCACAAGGGAGACCCACUUGUGGGCACGAUAGAGCCCAGCAUGUACAUGGGAAGGCACAAGAUCGACCCGGACGCGAUCGUCGACGACGCGAGGCCCUACGUGUAUGAGAUUAUAAAUAAUCUUAUAGCUGUUCACGCUGAGGUGGACAGUAUCUGCGGCUCGGCGUGCUCGCGCUACGUGCGCGACAUCAGCGAGACGGUGUGCGAGGAGGUGUCGCGCCUGGCCGCGUGCGCGCCCGCGCCGCCGCGCGCCGCCGCCUUCCGCGCGCGCCUGGAGACCAGCCUGCUGCGCCUCGCCUGCGCCGCGCACCUCACCAGGAAGGCCGAGAAUUACCUCGUCGAAACGUUAGCGAGCAUCCCACCUUUAGAAACGGAGGAAGAAAAACAACGUAUGGACAUGAUAAUACAGGAUUUUAAGAAGAGAAUGGAGCUUCAGCUGUCAUGUCUUAACUGCGAUAUAGAGACCAUUUAAAAUAAACAUCUUUAUUUGUUACGUUAUUUAUUUUUAUAUUUUAUUAAAAUCGUACUCCAGUAUUUAAUUCGUUAAUUUAUUUUAAAAAUGUAAACAUUAAAUAUAUUUAGAGAUAUAAGCUAUAAAAGACAUUGUAUUGAAAUAAAAUUAUAUUAAUACUA